GUGAAGGUGUCGCGGCGGAAGUGUUGGUGUCUAAGAUGGCGGCUGUGCUCCGGGCUCCUCGCGCUCUGCUCACGUUUCCCGCUGCGGUUUCCCGCUGCUAAGCGCGCUCCAGGUGCGGCAUGAGGUGCGCGUGACCGAGGGUCGGAUGGUGCGCGUGAACCGGAGCGCGCUGCUGUACGUGCUCGCGCUGGGCAGCUGCGCGUUCCUGCUGUUCCAGCUGUACUACUACCGGAAGUACGUCACUAAGGCCGGGUCCCGCCCCCUGGGCGCCGACAGCCAAUGGCAGGUGGUGAGGUCGUUCCUGUCUGCGGCCCAUAGUUGUCGGCUUCCUGUCUUUCUCAUCGACGUUGCAGCUCUGAACUCCAUCUCCCAUAAUGCACCUGGGCAUCACCACUGCAACUUCCUGUGCAGCCGACCAAUCACAGCAUUUGGCCUCAACGCCAAGCACUGGGGCCACGACAGCUGCUUCCUGUCGUCGCUGGAGCAGAAGGACUUCACCUGGAUCCUGACGUCAGGAGAAGACCCUCGAUUGGUCGGUUUGGACGUGUCAGGUGACCAGGUCCCUCUGCACCUGCUGCUGCGUCGCCACGGAAACAUCAUACAGUUGGUCUUCUUUGUAGAACGUGGCGGUGGAUUCUUGUGGCAUGGAGGUCUGAGACUGAGACCAGACCAAGACCGGACCUUCCCCUUCAAACACCUGGACUACGGCCGCCACCAAGGGGCCUACGACAGACUGGACUUGGUUCUCACGGUCCUGGACGGUCUAGAUGUGCGUGUCCCUCGGAACGUCACCCACUUCCUGUUGGAGCAGAGACACGCCCACUUCCUGGAGUGUGGUUACCGUGACGCCCGCAGCUUCCUGCAGCUCUACCCUCAGGACUUGGGCCCGGCCGCUCUGGACUUCAGGAGGAAAGUCCAGACUCUGCUCCAGAUCUCGGUCCAGACUCUGGGCCUGAUCCAGGUCCCAUUUUGGAUCAGCAGCGGCACCUGUUUAGGUUGGCUGAGGCAGUGCGGGGUCAUCUCCUACAGCAGAGACGUCGACAUCGGGGUCUUAGUCCAGGACUUCAGACCAGAGAUAGUCCAAGUCCUGACCGCGUCUGGACUUAGGCUCAAGCACCGAUUUGGGAAGGUGGAGGACAGCUUGGAGCUCUCAUUUCUUUUGGACGACGUCAAACUUGACAUUUUUUUCUUUUACGACGACGGAGACGUGAUGUGGAACGGAGGAACACAGGCGAGAACGGGACGCAAGUUUAAGUAUGUCUUUCCGCGCUUCUCUCUGUGUUGGACCCUGUUUCUGGAGUUGAAGGUGCGGGUUCCUUGCGAGACGCUGGAUUACGUCCGAGCGAACUACGGCGACGGGUGGAGCGUUCCCGUGGCAACCUGGGACUGGAAGACGUCACCUAGCAACGUCCUCGACAACGGGGUGUGGCCUGUGGAUCAGUGGGAGGAGGUUAUUCAGGUGUUUUGACCAAUCACAGACCAGGAACAUUUGAAGACGAACCUAUCACAGGCCUCGAAUAAUGAAGGACAGUCUGUGGAGCAUUUGCCCUCUGACCUGAAGGUCUGUGGUUUGAUCCCAGCUUUGCCCUGGUCCUGAACCAGGACUAGACCGGGUCUGAACCGGGACUGAACCGGGACUGAACCAGGACUGAACCAGGACUAGACCGGGACUGAACCAGGACUGAACCGGGACUAGACCAGGUCUGAACCAGGACUAGACCAGGUCUGAACCAGGACUAGACCAGGACUGAACCAGGACUAGACCGGGACUAGACCGGGACUGAACCGGGACUGAACCGGGACUGAACCGGGACUGAACCGGGACUGAACCGGGACUGAACCGGGACUGAACCAGGACUGAACCAGGACUGAACCAGGACUAGACCAGGUCUGAACCAGGUCUGAACCAGGACUGAACCAGGUCUGUCUCCUGUGGCCCAGUGACUCAUGUCUUCAUAUUUGUUUAUUGCUAAUAAAGUGUCAGAAAUGUGUCCUG